AUGGCCUGCCCUGGCCCGUCCUUGCCCGGCGCCUUUGACCUCCUAGCUGCCACUGGGCCGGAUGAGCUGGUGGCCCUGCGGCACAAGCUGCAGACGGUGUACAGAGGCCGUCGUGGUGCCGACCUCCUGCACACCAUGGUGCUGCUGCAGCUGGGCCGGGGCACCGAGGCCCGGAUCUCGCUGGAUGCCCUGAAGGCGGACACCGUGGCCCGGGCGGUGGCCCGCCAGUGGGCUGUGCAGGACGCCAUCGACCACUCGGGCUUCGUCAUCCUGCUCAUGACCCCCAACUUCGACAGCGCGCUGAGCCUGCACCAGGUCAACCAGGCCCUGACCAGCAGCUUCACGCACCACGGCCGCCGCGACAGCGUGGUCCCCUUCCUGCCGCUUGAGAGCGCCCCCGGGCUGCAGCGCUCCGACACCUCCCGCCUGCUCUCCGGCCUGGUGUGGCUGGACGAACGCUCCAAGAUCUUCUCCAGGAAGGUGGGCAACACCUUCAAGCCCCAGAGGCUGUGGGAGCGCAGGGCGCACUGGCAGAGGGAGCAGGAUGUGCGGGCCCGGCUGGAGGCCAGGCAGCGCCUGGACGGCGAGAGACAGCAGGCCGAGGCCUUGCACGCCCAGCACAGCGCCUACCUCCAGAGCUACCUGGCCUGGCAGGCGCAGAUGGACCGGCUCAAGGCGGACUUUGGGAGCCACUUGUCACUCGGGACUCAGGUGCCUUAUCCAGCUCAGAGGCCCUUCGGGGUCCAGGGGCCCUGGGGAACCCUGCCGCCCUUCCCAGGCUGGCCUGGGUGUCCCCAGCCACCCACACUGCCCCCAGGGCACCCUGGGAGCUCCUCGCCAGCCUUCCCGCAGCCUCCAACCUUUCCACCUGCCUCCUCUGCACCCCCCCAGACGCCCCUUAUUAUCCACCACGCCCAGAUGGUGCAGCUGGGAAUAAACAACCACAUGUGGAACCAGAGAGGGGCCCAGGCACCUGAGGACACGGCGCCGGAAGUGGAAAGACUGAGGGACCAGGCCUGACCCCUGGGGCCUUACCACCACCCCGGCACCAGCUGUGGUCGGGACAUUCCUGCUGGACAGUGACAGGCGGUCAUUUUUGCCUUUUCUUUUCUUUUCUUUUCUUUUGAAUAGGGUCUUGCUGUGUAUUCCAGCUGGACUUGAACUCAUGGCCUCCUUGCCUCAGACUCCUGAGCUGGGCUCACAGGCGUGUACCACCAACCCCGGCUCAUUGGCCGCUUUUAAGACCUGGCCCCGGAGGACUACCAUUUCUCCGUGUAAAGCCCAGAGGAGCCAGGUGCGGUGGUGCACACCUGUCAUCUCAGCAGUGUGGGAGGUUGAGGCAGGAGGAUUCAAAG